CAGGUGUGAGUUUCAUCAGGGUCGGAGAUGCCCUGUCCACACCCCCUUGGAUCUUUAAAAGCGCUCUAAACCAUUUUUACGACGAUUUGUGUUGUGGGAUUGAGCAGGUGAUUUGAGGCUGCAACACUCUUGUUCAUUGUAGUUUUGUUUGCCGCACCGUCCCAGAGAUUCACACUGUUUCAGCACAUGUUCCAGCAGAGUUCAUUGUGAGAUUUCAGGUUAAGAGUAUGACAGCUCGAAUGUACUGCAUCUUGAGUGCUGUUGUAUUGUGUCUGCCUGCAUGCUUGAGCACAACAGACGCCCAAGUCGAAGUGCCUGGUCGGUGUCCGGCGACUCUGACGGUCGUGCCGUCCAGUCGAGGAUGUACAUCUGAUCGAGACUGUACUGGUGGACACAAAUGCUGUCAAUUUCCCUCUGGGCAUUCGUGUGUGCCUCCUAUUUUCGCAAAACCAGGAGAGUGUCCAAGCAAAAUAACUGGAGAUGGAACGUGUGUGGAUUUCUGUGCCUAUGACGGUGACUGUCCGAACAAUGAGAAAUGCUGCAGUAAUGGAUGUGGACGUCAGUGUAUGGCUCCAAAUACAGUGAAGUCUGAGGCUGAACCACCGAACCCUAAGCCUGCACCGAGGCCUGUGGCCCGACGCCCUAAGCCUGCACCGAGGCCUGUGGCCCGACCCCCUAAGCCUGCACCGAGGCCUGUGGCCCGACCCCCUAAGCCUGCACCGAGGCCUGUGGCCGAACCCCCUACGCCUGCACCGAGGCCUGUGGCCGAACCCCCUACGCCUGCACCGAGGCCUGUGGCCGAACCGCUGAAGCCUGCGGCCAAACCACUGAAGCCUCGUGUCAAAGCCUGCUACGAAGCCUGCCGCCAAACCAUCAGUGACUGCAUCGAAAUCUGCCACGACACCUCCGGAGGCUGCCGUUAUGCCUUCAGAGCCUGUGCCAAAACCUGCCGCCAAAGUAAAAAGCCCUGUUUUAAAGCCUGUCACCGUCCUCCAAAGCCUCCGUGUGCUGGAAAUUCAUGAUUGUCAUGAAACUUAGAAACUUACAUUCAGAGUUCCUUCCUAACACGAACUGGAGUACUACUGCAGAUCAAAUCAGUGCUUUAUUCGUAUGGGAUGUUUAUCACCAAAUAAAUCUUUUUUUCCUUUU